AGAAAAAUAGAAUUUCCUAACGUCCAGCCUAAAUCUCGCCUGGCACAACUUGAGGCCAUUCCCCUUUAUUCUGUCACUGGUUCUAAGAGAGGAGAGGCCGACCUCCAGCUCAGUACAACCUCCCUUCAGGUAGUUAUAGAGAGCGAUAAGGUCUCCCCUGAGCUUCCUCUUUUUCUAGGAAGCGUCGCCGUAUAUAUUUUUUUCUGACCGUUUAGCAAAUUUCCUGAGCUCGGGCCCAGGGCUGGGAGCUCCCUAAGUCCCGGGGCCCCCCGCGGAGGGCGCUGCCCGUGCGGCUCCGCACCCUGCGGGGAGGAGAAAGGGCGGCCCGGCGCUCGGCCGAACCCUGCGUGGCGCAGCCGCGGACUAGCAGCUCGUCGCGCUGGGGAGUGCGUCCCCAUGGGCUUCACCCGUUCGGCUUUGUCCCGCUUUGCUUUCCAGCCCCGUUCCUGGGAAUGCCGCCCGCCCCUUGCCGCGGUGCGGCGCGGUGACUCAUCACGUGAGGCCGCGCCUGGUCGCGGGGUAUAGAGCGGGCAGCGCUGCGGCUCGAGCGGAGCCGCCGCCGGGAGAGGGGACGGGUGCGAACUUACUUCAAAGAGAAUUCAAGUCUUUCAAAUCUCAUUGGAUGAAAUCUUAUUAUGAGGACUGCUGGAGAUUCGACUGUUACCAACGUUUAAUUUGACUUUCAGGCAGAGAUCUUCAGCUCCAGCAACAUGGAGGAUGAUGUCAGCUUGCAGUUUCGUCAGCUGCUCCUGCUCAUUGAUGAAAAUUUGGGGGCUGAAGAUGUAGCAGCAUUAAAAUUUCUCUGUACUGACUUGAUCCCCUUCAAAAAACUAGAAAGUGUGCAGUCAGCAGUGGACAUUUUUCAGCUUCUUAUAACUGAAGAUUAUCUGAAUGAGGAAGAUACGUUCCUGCUAGCUGAACUGUUAUACAGAAUUAAAUAUCACUCCUUGCUCAGUAAGCUUGGCUAUACCAAGGAGAAAGUGCAAGAAUGUCUGCAUGAGAAGGGAAAAGUGUCUCCAUACAGGCAGAUGCUGUAUGAAUUGUCAGAGAACAUUACCAAUGAGAUGUUGCAGGAAAUUGUAUUCCUCCUGAGAAACAGUCUUCCAAAGCGACGCAGAACUAUUUCUGCUUUGGAGUUGCUGAUUUUAUUGGAAAAACAGGGUCUUUUAACUGAAAACAAUGUGCAGACACUGGAGGAAGUCUUUAGAAAUGUUUCACCUGAUCUCCUGGAAACAGUAAACUGCUACAGAAUGGCAAAAGUGUCUCUGCCUCAGCAGGAGAAUACUCUGCCCGUCAAGGAAUCUUCACCAUCUCACACUGUAGACAUCAGAGUAUUCUAUUCCCCUCAGGAGACCUCAAUCAAAUCUGUCAGUUCCAAUAUCAAUGAUCAAUGCGUUGAAGAACCUGGGAGCCCAUGGGAACAUGCUGGAAAUGUAAACUCUGUACCUGGCAGGCAAGAUAACAAAGCACCUAAUCUUACACAAGUCUUCUCUAAAAUGAACCUGGAGCUGUCUGGAGGAUUCAGCAGUGUAGAAAAUGAAUCCAAGAUGUCAAGUUACAAAAUGGAUGGGCCACAGAGAGGAAUUUGUCUUGUUAUUAAUAAUGUUAAAUUUGAUGGGGUUCUUCAAGAGAGGAAGGGUUCUUAUAAAGACGCCUGGGAAUUAGAGAGAGUAUUCACAUGGCUUGGUCUGGAUGUGAGGAUUUACACAGACCAGACAUCUGAUCAGAUUAUAGGACUGAUGCGAACGUGGCAGCGUUCAGAAGAUCACAAGGACAGGGACUGUUUUGUUUGUUGUAUUCUUUCUCAUGGAGAGUCAGGAGCAGUAUAUGGGAAAGACGGGAAGCUUGUAUCAAUCCGCAUGAUCAUGGCCCACUUCACUGCUAAACAAUGUCCACAGUUGAUUGAAAAACCCAAACUAUUCUUUGUCCAAGCAUGCCAAGGUAAAGAGAUACAACGUCCUGUCUAUGUUGAACCUGAUGCACGAGUUCCUGACUUCUCUUCUGUACAACAGAGCAUUUCUCCUUCUGAAAGUAUUCCUGAGGAGGCUGAUUUCCUCCUAGGCAUGGCCACAAUUGAUGGAUAUGCCUCUUUCCGGCAUGUUCAAGAGGGUACUUGGUAUAUUCAGGCCUUGUGCAGCAAGCUACAGUUGUUGGUACCAAGGGGUGAAGAUAUUUUGUCCAUCCUUACAGAAGUUAAUGAAGAUGUUGGCAGGCGUGUUGACCGCUAUGGGACGAGGAAGCAGAUGCCCCAGCCAGCAUAUACCUUAAGAAGAAAACUUAUAUUCCCAAUACCUAGAGACCCUCCUCCUUCACAGUGAUAUUGAGACUUUUUAAAUCCAUCCUAUUGUCAGCACAUCUCCUUAAAUGCAGUUUACCACAACACCUGUUUAAGGCAGUUACUCAGACUCCUGAGGAACUGUUAGUGUCAAGGCAAGGCCUCUUCUUUUUUUUUCUUGCCUAAGAAACUUUGAAGCUGAGCUGGAAGAGAUGCAAUUAACAUAAUCUGUGUGCCAGCUAUUUACAUCAGAGUUUUCAAGGUUGGGAGAAGCAAGUUUCUAUGAUGUUAAACAUUUUUGUACUGGCACAGACUGUAGGUGUAAAAGUGUAUUUCUGUCAACAUAAGGAUUGCAUAUGUAGCCUUCUAUAUAUUCCUUUAUGUCCAAACUAAGAUGUUAACAGUCUGUUUUAGGCUCAUCAAAUUUUAUUUUGCAUACUAGUAACUUUUAAGCCUACCUCUAAAACCAUAAGCCAUUCACAGAGAAAGGCAAAGUUAGGUAUGAAGAGGAGAAAGUUUAAGUAGUAGGCGGAGAAGGAUUUCUUUCAUUUCUAAUUUAAAUUACUUACAACUAUUGAAAUCACUGAGUUGUUCCGCAGUUCACACUGAUACCAUCUAAUAGCUAACAUGAACCUCAUGUACAAGGAGAUGUUUCCAAAAUUGAGUGUAGACAAAGUGCUACAGUAUUCCCUCUGUGAAACGUUGUUAACCAUCAUUUCUACAUCACUUCUUGUAAGAAAAGUUAGGGUGGAAAAGUUGAGCGCUGUGAAAUAAUGAUAUUCAGCAUUGUAUCCGCAUACACUGUUCAGGCUGAUUAACUUGAAACGCUGAAUUUUCUGAUUUCUUGUUUUAAGAUCUAAAAUGCAUUCAAAUGGGACACAAGGCUCCUUAUUGAUUAAGCUUCUAGGAGAGUAUGUUUUGGAGUGAACCAAAAUAAUGUAAUGUUAUUUCGUUAGAAGCAUUUAUUAUGCAUAUCUGUGUCCUUCCUGUUUGUUACUGAAUUUAAUUUGUACUUCUUUUUAAGAACUUGGGAGUGUAAAGAAAAAAAAAAUUGUGCUAGGCUAAAGCUUA